GAGAAGUAUCAGAUCGCGCUGAUCCGCAAUUUCGUUAUGAUCUUUCAGUCGUUACAUAAGAGAGCCAUCUGCCAUUUUUCAUUGCUAGUCGAUGGUCAUCGACUCAGGCAAAGAUCCGGACAUUAAUCAGUUCUGGACUACGAAGUAGCGUAUGGAAUGCACGUUUCUUGACGAGACAUCAACAAAGCUUCCUGAAGUUAACUCGAAGCGUUUCCUUUUGGUUCAAUUCUUGACACUCCAUUAUGUAUUUCCGUGUAGAAGUGAUUGGCUUCUCAAUGCUACAGACAGUAUUUGGUCUUCAAGAUUGCCCGUCCGCAGUGGUUGGUCUUGCAGACCCUAAUAUCAUACCAGACAGUAGUUUUACAGCGAGUACGGAGCUGAGGGCUCAAUAUGGAGCCGUUAAAGCUAGGUUUACUUCUGAUAGUUGUUGGGAACCAAAUGGGAAUAACAAGGCUGAUGACUAUCUACAGAUAGACUUGGGUAAAUUGUUUGUUAUCUGUGCUGUGGCUACAAAGGGAAAUGGAAAGAGUUUAACUGAAUGGACAGAAGAGUACAAGAUAUCUAUAUCAGUAGAUGGUACGACAUGGUCUUGGUAUCCAGAUGAUAAUGCUGUCCAGCAACCUGGUUCCUGGCUGCACAUAGAUCUUGGUUCUGUGGUAUUUAUUUGUGCUGUUGCAACUCAAGGGAAUGGCCAUUCUGCUAUGGAAUAUGUCAAGAAAUACAAGCUCAGAACGUCAAAUGAUAAUAUUAAUUGGAAAUAUUACCAGGAAAACAAUACAGACAAGAUAUUUCCAGGGAAUACAAAUAAAGACGGCAUUGUAACAAACACUCUGACAAUUCCAACUAGAGCUAAGUUUAUAAGAUUUUACCCUGUGGACUGGCAAGUAUUUGCAGCGAUGAGGGUUGACGUAUAUGGUGUACCGUUAGCUUGCAGAAAACUAUUUGGUCUUGAAAAGGGUGGCAAGUUGGGGAAUAUCAAGAUAACAUCAUCAUCUAAAGUAAACAAUUCCCAUGAUGCAUCUGAUGGACGUCUCUAUGGUAAUACAUCAUGGUGCAGUAGUACCUCAUCAAACUCAGAGUACAUACAGAUUGACUUUGGGAAGAUGGUUACCCUGACUGGUAUAGCUACACAGGGUGACUACACCGAUGAGAAAUGGGUCAAGACUUACACCAUCAAAUACAGUAUCGAUGGAAUCCAAUGGAAUGAUCACCGAGAAGGCGGAAAUACUGCCAAGAUCUUUCAAGGAAACAGUGACAGAAGUAGUAUUGCAGUCCGAUGGUUAAGUCACCCACUCACAGUAAGAUAUAUCAAAGUGCAUCCCCAGACCUGGAAUAAUGCAGUGUGUAUGAGAAUUGAAGUCUUUGGAUGCAACUAUCCUUCUGCUCCAGAGAUAACCGAACUGUCAAAUAAAAACCUUACAGCAUCAAGUGGUAGCUAUGUCGAGUUGACGUGCCAGGUAAAGGAACCAUUAAUUCAGUACAUUGAAUGGUAUUCUAAUGGUACUGAUGUAACAAGUCUUUCUGGUGGUAUAACGCGGGAUGUUACCUCUGUCAAGUCUGUGCUACGAGUAAACUAUACCAAUGCUAUUGAUUUAACCAGGAAAUACCAGUGCUUCAAUAAAGUAAAUAUUAUGGUAUGCCGACGGAACUACGUGUGUAAGUCAAAGUAUGGAAAGCAGAAUAGUGAAGCAGAUUCUGUGAAAAGUGCGCAAGUCCAAGUUAUUCUUGACAUGUCUCCUGUUCUUUCAUCGCCAUUGCUUUAUGUUUUUGCCAAGUCAGUGAUCGUUAUCUGGACUUAUCCCGUCAAUUCAUAUGUUAAAACUAUAAUGGUCAAGUACUGGAAUCAUCAAAUAGCGAAGACAGUGAAUGCAUCGUAUCCUGCUACUAAUUUAACCAUAACUGGUUUAUCACCUUGUUCGUACUAUAAUGUGAUUAUCAAGGCUGUCAGUGAACUGGGUAAUGGACCAUGGACUACAACGAGAAAUAUCAGAACAGACUCGGAAUUACCAAAAGUUGCCCCCAGUGGUGUUAGUGCACGAGCGAAGACGUCUCAAAGCAUACUAGUUACAUGGAAGGUUCCUGCUGGAAUCAGUUGUUCUCCCAAUGGAUACAAAAUUGUCUUCACAACUGCACCAGGGCGACCUCGUCAAAGGCUUUUUGUCAGUGGUUUUCAAAACACAUCGUAUACGUUGACUAACCUGAAAAAGUGGACUGAAUAUUUCAUCCUUGUUCUAGUUCACAAUGAGAAAGGAGAUGGUCCACUAAGUACUGUUGUAAAGGAACGCACCUUGGAAGACGCACCUGAUAAAGCACCAGAUAAUUUCCAGGUAAGACCUAUCAACUCGACAAGUGUUCGUCUUUCCUGGAAUUUACCACCUGGAAAUCAGCAAAAUGGUAUUAUCAGGGGGUUUAAAGUUUAUUAUUACAAAGCGUUUGCCAUCUCCUGUCCUCCUGGGGCAAGUCCUCAGAUCAACAUUCUCGGCAACAAGACUUUUCAUUAUGUACUGGGAAAUCUCGCCGUGAACACUGAGUAURCGUUCAAGAUACUGGCCUAUACCAUCMAAGAMGGUCCUUACUCAAAGGAAAUCACACUAAAAACACAGAAAAUUGGUAAGUAUACAGAACUGCUAGCAACUAGUUUUCAAGAUUGUCCGUCGGCUGUGGUUGGUCUUGCAGACCCUAAUAUCAUACCAGACAGUAGUUUUACAGCGAGCACGGAGCUGAGGGCUGAAUAUGGAGCCGUUAAAGCUAGGUUUACUUCUGAUCGUUGUUGGGAACCACGGACGAAUAACAAGGCUGAUGACUAUCUACAGAUAGACUGGGGUAAAUUGUUUGUUAUCUGUGCUGUGGCUACUAAGGGUAACGAAAAAUUGCUAGUUGCAAAAGAAUGGACAACAGAAUACAAUAUAUCUACAUCAGUAGAUGGUACAACAUGGUCUUGGUAUCCGGACAAUAACGCUGUACAGGCAUUUAUUGGUAACACAGAUAGGAACACGGCUGUCAAGAAUGUUCUAAAUGCUCCUGUCUUUGCAAAGCUGAUAAGAUUUACACCAACRAAGUGGAAGAAUUACAARKSUCUACGAGUUGAGCUUUAUGGCAUUGAAUAUGAUGUUUUUAGUUGCAAAUCCUACACUGUUGGUGUUGCAAGUGUUGCUAAGAUACCAAACAACAAAAUGUCAUCGUCAUCCAACUACAAUACCAGUACUCCACCAUACAAUGGCAGGCUUGGUUACAAUGCAGGGUCGUCAUGGUGUUCUGCUACGUCAGACUCUUUUCCAUACCUACAAAUUAACCUGAACACACCUUAUGUCAUUUGUGUCUUUAUAAAAGACGCGUUGACAUUGGGAGUUCAAGAGCUUUCAGAUAUUUAUGCUGUGUAUAAAACCUAA